GUGAAGGAUGAUAGGUGAGGAUGAAGUAGGUCAGUUUGCCCAUCGUGACAAAUUCAACAAGAAUUGUUCACGAUGGUUUCCAGAGGCUAUACCUAAUAAGGCAUAUUGCUAGCAAUGGGGCUGUCAAACUCCAUUACUAACAAUCCCUUUCCCCCUCAUUUACAUAGGUUAAAUCGCUAUUAUUUAUAAUUAAUAAAACAGUUUAGUAGAAACAAUAUAGAUAUACAAAUAUAAAGAUUAGAAAUAUCAUUUUGAAUGUUCUGAAACGUAGUGGUUCUAUGUUUUGUUCUGACUAACGUGAUAAGAAUGGGAAAAGUUAAAAAGUUUAAACCUUCACAAGUAGGAAGAAACAUAGCUCUUGCUGAUCAAAUAGAAUCAGUGAAUGCACUAAAGAGUAAAAACAGACGUAAAGAAAGAAACCGACACGAUGAUGAUGAUGAGUUUAUUAAUGCUGAUCUCUCGAAAAAAAUUUUAAAAACUGCAAGAAGACAGCAAGCAGAGUUAAGUGAAGAUGGAUCAGGCCCAUCUCCUGUUAAACAUGUCCAAUUGCAAUCAAUGCUCAAUGAUGGAGAAUCGGACAAUGAUUCUAGUUCAGAGCAUGAUGAAUUGGAAACUGAUACAUAUUACGAUAAUAUUGAAAUUAAUGAUGAUGAUGAGGAAGCUUUAAAAAUGUUUAUGUCAUCAAACCCAGAGAGAACUCGUACACUGGCAGAUAUUAUAAAAGAUAAAAUUACUGACAAGCAAACAGAAUUACAAACACAAUUUUCAGAUAUUGAAACCCUUAAGUUGCAGAAUAUCGACCCGAGGAUCAAAUCUAUGUAUGAAGGAGUACGAGAUGUUUUACAAAAAUAUCGUUCAGGAAAAUUACCUAAAGCAUUUAAAAUGAUUCCCAACCUUCAGAAUUGGGAACAGAUAUUGUACAUAACUGAACCAACAACUUGGUCUGCAGCUGCUAUGUAUCAGGCUACUAGAGUUUUUGCAUCCAAUCUAAAGGAGAAAAUGGCUCAACGUUUCUACAACUUGGUAUUGCUACCCCGAGUCAGAGAUGAUUUGGCUGAGUACAAAAGAUUGAAUUUCCAUUUAUAUCAAGCAUUAAGAAAAGCUUUAUUUAAACCGGGUGCUUUCAUGAAAGGCAUUCUUCUGCCUCUUUUGGAAGCCGGAGACUGCACAUUAAGAGAAGCUAUUAUUGUAGGUUCAGUAUUAGCCCGCAAUUCUGUACCUGUGUUACAUUCUAGUGCGGCAUUACUAAAAAUAGCUGAAAUGGAUUACACUGGUGCCAAUUCUAUAUUUUUGCGAAUUUUGUUUGAUAAAAAAUAUGCAUUGCCCUAUAGGGUUGUAGAUGCAGUUGUGUUCCAUUUUCUAAGGUUCCAAAUGGAUAGUCGUACAUUACCAGUAUUGUGGCAUCAAGCGCUUUUAACAUUUGUGCAGCGUUAUAAGGCAGAUAUCUCUACCGAGCAGCGAGAUGCCCUUCUCGAGUUACUAAGAAAACAGUCACAUUCUACAAUUACACCAGAAAUACGAAGAGAAUUACAAGCAGCGCAAUGUAGAGAUUUUGAAGUGAAUGCAGCAAUAUCUUCACAGAUGGUUGUAGAAUAGAAUUGGAAGUGUUUUAUUCUGAAUAAAAAAAGAAGGGACUUUUACUUCUUACUUUAUUGUCGUGUGCAAGGGUUUAUCACCUUUAUCCCUCUAAGAGGAUAAAGAGUUGGAAAUUAAUAGUUUAUACCCUUUAAUGGAAGUCCUAAAUUAUUGUAUAUAUUUUUUAAUGAGGCAAAAAAACUUGGGUCUGACUAUGAUUUAUUUUAUAGGAGUUGCAAUAUCACAUCUUAUGGCCAUGAUUUUUUUGUAAAGGUUAUAGUAUGAAACUUACCUUUCUGUAUGCUAUUUUUUCUUGGUGCUCUGAAGCAUGUACAUAAUGCAUACUUUCAAAUGUGAGAAUAAUCAGAUCAUGAUUGGAUAUAAGUUAUUUGUACUUUAAUUAUUUUAAUAAACUACCUGUUACUUUAAGACUAUCAAUUUCCAACAGUCAGUUAUAGUGUUUUUUGUAUAAUCAUAAAAUUUUUAGCUUAUUAACUAAAAGUACCGAUAAAAUAAUAAAGGUUAUUGUUUUAUUUAA